AUGGCACCAAAAGACAAAUACACCGACCCCAAACUGCGCGACGAAAUCAAAGAAGAAAUCCACAACAGCGACAAGGGCGGAAAACCAGGACAAUGGUCUGCACGGAAGGCCCAAAUGAUGGCCUCCGAAUACAAAAAGCGCGGUGGAGACUACACAACCUCAAAAGAAAACGGGCAAUCCGAAUCCCAAAAACACCUCGACAACUGGACGAACGAGGAAUGGCAAACGAAGGAGGGAUCUGGUACUGCGCGACAAGACGAUGAGAAUGGCACGCGUAAACGGUAUUUGCCGAAGAAGGCGUGGGAGGAGAUGAGUGAGGGGGAGAAGGAGGAGACGGAGGAGAAGAAGGUUGAGGGGUCUAAGGAGGGGAAGCAGGUUGUUGGGAAUACUAGGAAGGCUAAGGAGGUGAGGAAGGAGGUUAGUGGUGGGAAGAAGGAGGGUGAGCAGGAUGGAGAGGAAGAUGAGGAUGGUGAAAAUGCUGAGGAGAAGAAAGGUGCAAAGGGUAGGAAGAACCAGGAGAAGAAGGAUGAGAAGAAAGGUCCCAAGACCCGAAGUGCUAGCAAGGAGGAGGAUGGUCAGUCUGAUUAUGGCACUGAUGAGGGAGAUGGUGAUGAGAAGAAAAGUACCGGAACAAAGCGUACUGCGAAGCAGUUGAGUGGUUCGAACAAGAAACAGAAGGAAAAUGGAAAGGGUGGUAAAUCCAAGCAGGAGGAGGAUGGAGAGAAGGACAACGAGGAAACGGGCGGAGAAAAUGAUCAAGAUGAGGAUGAGAAUGAGGAGGAGUACGUGGAAGAUGAGGAUGUUCAGGAUAAAGAGGAAGAAGAGGAGGAAGAGUAA